AUGUACUCCCAUCUCCUCUCCCAGGUCAUACUCGUCCUCGGGUUCCUAGGAUGCAUCGUCGCUGCAGCCCCUGACUGCUCGCACCCCUGCAUCCAGCUUCCCCCAGACCAUCAAGAAGACUGGAUCUGCCCCAUCGGAAUCCCCAAGCCUCGUUACCAUAGCGGUAAAUGGCCUACGAUAGAGGAGGAAGCCUAUGCCAAGGCACUCAUCGGCCCUGUCUCCAAGCAAGAUUCUUGCGGCUGGAAGGCUGACGGCCACCUCUGCAGAGCCGCCCAGAAAACUCAUGUCGCCCUUAGCCUUGUCGCUUCAAAUCCUCUCACCAUCAAGGUCAAGGUCAAUAACCACGACGCCUACCCAAUCACCUUUUGGAAGAAGUACUCUCCGCUCAGCGACCAUGCUUUUGAACAGGGGUACUUCAAGAUCACCCAAGGUCAUCAGUUCGCUGCCGCUUACGCACCCCCGCCAGAGGGGUACCGGCCAGAUACUGCACCUGAGCUUGCUGUCAUCAACCCUGGCGAGGCGUUGGAGCAAGACAUUGUCUUGACGGAUCCGAAGCAUAUCUUUCAUCAGAUGGUGAAGACUGGUGGUGACAUUGAAGUCAUUAUGUGUGGACAGUGGAAUGGCUUUUGGGCUACGACUGCACCUGAGGUUAUGAAGAGUGAUCUGGGUUUUGCCUGCAAGAAUAUCUGGAGUAGUCUGGGUCUCAGUUGGUCUUCGUGGAAUAAAUUACUACUACGCUUCCCUAAGGAUCAUUAUGUCUCCUCGGGGCCGGUACAUGAUACCCCGAGGUCUGAAACUGAGCCUGAAGCCAGCCCGGAUAAUGGGCCUACAUAUCCCAAUAACUCGUCACCCGUCAGUUCCGAUAUUGGAGAUGAAACGGAAGCAACUUCAACUGCAGAGUCAUCUGAGCCUAUGACUCCAAAGGAUGAGGCUGAGCCUGAAGAGAACUAUGCUAGUGAGCAGCCAACCACAGAAUCGCCAGAAUAUGUCAGUCCAAAAAACAAAGCUGAUUAUUCUUCUUCGGAGUCGCCAGCUUCUGAGUCCCGAGCCUCUGAGCCAUUACUGACUGAGCCAUCAGGAUCAGUGAGUCCUGAGGAUCUAGCUAGUGGGGAUCCAAGUUCGACAAGUGCCUCGCAGUCCGAUACGGAACAGGUUUUGACUACACCUGCACCAUCUGCCGCUCUAGAGGAGCGCUCUGAGGAAGAAACCCAUGCGACAGCUGCCACGCAAAACUGGACAACAGUGGCCUCUACAACUGCUCAGCCAGUAUUUGUCCGUUCGGCGGAAGUGGCUAUCUGCCCGUUCAGCGGAGGCGGCUGA